AUGCGCUUCAUUUCUUCUGCUGUUGCUGUUUGCGGUCUUACGGCCACUAUUAAUGCGUUCGCAAUUGACAUAGAUAACGCGCAAACCAAGCUGAAAUAUUCAAUCGACGGCAGUGCACCAAACCCCUGCACGCUGGCUGAAAUGAAGGCGGCAAACGCUAGUGUCCAGCUCUCCAGUUGGCUGGAAUGUCAAAUAAAUGGCUUUUAUCCAUAUCCUGAAAACGGUGACUGGCCGACAGUGCGGGACACAGCUUUUUCCAAGGACAUUAAGUUUGCCUUCAACGACACACAAUACAACUACGAAGGCUCACUAGAGCUGUACCAUAGCUUCAACAAAACUCUUGGUAGAAGUUUCGCGCCGUUCCAGCACGGCUUCAUCAAUACACUUGGCAUACCAAAUGCCAACGGUGACAAGGGAGGGUUUGUCUACAUGAUCGGCUGGGCAGGCGGUAUGCACCGACUAGCGAAGCGUAAUUUGUACUUCACAAAUGCUGCGUUUGCAGUCAUUAGGGACAAUCGUGGAAAGAGAGAGAUCGUUGAAUUUCGGGAGAGCAGUAACAUUCCAAACACUGCGCCGUUGCCGAAACAGAAUGAAUGGAGCUGUGGGUUUAAGGAGCGCCAGGAGCUUUAG